AUCGUCUCGUCUCGGAAACCCCAAUUCUCACUUUCAUUCACGAGAAGAAAUAUCACACCUUCGCCCAACUCCAUCCUCGAAGCUCAGUCUCUUCUGCUUUCACAAUCUACAUUUCCAAUCCGAUCUAAGCUCGAUCGUACUCGAUCUCCGCCAAUGGCCAAGGAACCAGUUCGCGUCCUCGUCACUGGCGCUGCAGGACAAAUCGGAUAUGCCCUUGUACCGAUGAUUGCCAGGGGAAUCAUGCUGGGCCCUGACCAGCCUGUUAUUCUGCAUAUGCUGGAUAUUCCACCAGCAGCAGAGGCUCUCAAUGGUGUCAGAAUGGAACUGAUUGAUGCUGCAUUCCCCCUUCUUAAGGGUGUUGUUGCUACCACUGACGUUGUUGAGGCUUGCACUGGUGUUAAUAUUGCUGUUAUGGUUGGGGGCUUCCCUAGGAAGGAGGGCAUGGAAAGGAAGGAUGUGAUGUCCAAAAAUGUCUCUAUUUACAAGUCUCAGGCCUCUGCUCUGGAAAAUUAUGCUGCUGCAAACUGCAAGGUCCUCGUAGUUGCUAACCCUGCGAACACGAAUGCACUUAUCUUGAAGGAAUUUGCACCAUCCAUCCCGGAGAAAAACAUUACUUGUUUGACAAGACUGGAUCACAACAGGGCUUUGGGUCAGAUUUCUGAGAGAUUGAAUGUCCAAGUUUCUGAUGUCAAGAACGUCAUCAUAUGGGGAAACCAUUCAUCCUCUCAAUAUCCUGAUGUCAACCAUGCCACUGUUAAAACCCCAGCUGGGGAAAAGCCUGUUCGUGAGCUUGUCAAGGAUGAUGCAUGGUUGAAUGGAGGUUUCAUCACCACAGUUCAACAACGUGGUGCUGCUAUUAUCAAAGCGCGGAAACUCUCCAGUGCAUUAUCCGCUGCUAGUUCUGCAUGUGACCACAUUCGUGAUUGGGUCCUUGGUACACCAGAGGGUACCUGGGUUUCCAUGGGAGUUUACUCUGAUGGCUCCUACAAUGUUCCUGCUGGGCUUAUCUACUCCUUCCCUGUUACCUGCUCUGGUGGAGAAUGGAAGAUUGUUCAAGGGCUCCCUAUCGAUGAGCUGUCAAGGAAGAAGAUGGACCUGACAGCAGAGGAGCUGAGCGAGGAGAAGGCUCUUGCCUACUCUUGCCUCUCGUGAACUGCUUUCUGAUGCCUGGCACUCUUGCAUUAGGUAUGAGUGGGCCAUGAUAUUGUUGUCAAGAAAGCGAGUAGCUGGAAAAGAAUUUUGAAUAAAAGAUGCCAUUCAGAAAGCUAGUGCUGGAGAAGCAGUUUUGCUUCUUGGACCAUUAGAGAUUAUAUCGGGGCAUUCGCCAACUUUUGAUAAACCUUUUGUGUAUUUUGCACUGUAAGGUCCCAUUAUGGUUUUGAAGGAUCGAUUGCUUUCUUGGCUCUGUUUGUUAUUUGGGCCUUGGUUGUGAUGAGGCUUUGCCCUUGAAAAAUGAGUUAUUUGCCUCCUAAUUUUUCACAUGGAUCUUCCUUGUUAA